CAGCCCCCCUGGGUUCCAGCCACCUAGAGACUACUAGAGCAGAGGGGCAGACCCACCCAACCUGUUUGAAUGAACUUUCUAGGCUCGGGAAAUUCCUAGGGUGGAGAAGAUCGCUUGGCUGGUGCCGACAGAUUAGCCUGCCUCAACCUUACGUCCCGAACAACUCGAUGCAUUCUUCUCGUCCCUCUCUGGCUCUCUCCCUUCCCUACCCAUCAAGAGGUAUAACCUCAACUUCGUCUGGGGUUUUAGAUUGUCGGUGUGUGAUGCCAGGAGAUGAGAUGCGGAGGAUUCGUGAACAGACUGGCGUCCUAUGCUUACGCAUUACGCAUUCGUGAACGAUCUUGGACAGCCACUUCGCAGCCCGAGAGUCUAUAGCGGAACGUAGACGGCUGGUUGUAGUACACAUAGCCGUCGUCACUGUUAGCUGUCGUCACCGUUUGCCGUCGUAAAGUUCCGUAGUAUAUAUAGCUGUCCUGUAGCUUAGCAUCUUCGCGUUCUUGCUUGGCCAGAGUGCAGAGGUUCCUCCUCUAGCGGAUGUAAUAGUUCUUCUCAUAGGUUCCUCUAGUAGACGUAGGUUCUUCUCAUAGCCAUCGUCGUUCUAUUAGAAUUCGGCAGCAACGCAACAGCGGCAUCGCACCGACAUGAUUGGGACGAAAUGUUCGUCAUAGCUAACGAAGGCGGUGGAGCAUCGGGACUCGCGAACACCAGUCGAGUAGAGGCCUGCCGCCAAGCCGCUAAAUUGUCCGAGUGUCAGGGUCCGAAGCCACAGGAAGGUACGAAGCCACAGGACAACAUAGCAAUGGCAGCCGGACAACCAUCCAUGCACAGCGAAUCCCUAGAGGACCAACUCAGUGCUCUAGACCACCGUUCCUUCACCUCGGUGUUUCCCACGGGCGACGGAAAUCGGACCUGGCACGGCGGAAACCUCUUCUACGCUCUCCAGGCUCAAAAUGCCGCGUCUAGAACAGGAUCGGUAGACGACUUAGCCAUUCCGGCCGGUGCUGCUUAUCAGAACCACUGGCAGCAGCAGGGAGGGGGGGACUUGGCCGGCGGGCGUUUGAAAGCUAAUUUUGCCGGUCGCCAGAACCACGCGAUUUCAGGUCAGGCGAGCGGUUUCGACGGUGGAUACCAGACAAAAUAUUUCGUGCGUUCGUCGCCUCCCAAUAGCAUGCUGGCUCCAGGGCUGGUCCCCGUUAGCGGGCUCAAAGCUCCCCAGAUGACAAACAGUCGCAGGAACGGCGUUGGGUUGCCAGCGGGAUUCUCAGCGCGAGAAAGCCAGGCGUUUUCGAUGCAGGGAGGAGGCGAAUCUCCGAUGGAAGGGGUGGAAAGAAACGCGUCCGAUGCUGCCGCUGCUGCUGCGGGUGAUUUUUGGAACGGGCGAAGCGAAAGGAUAGCUCAGGGUCAAAUGGCCUCUGGAUUCGCCUUCCAACAGCACGGAUCGCUCGCUACAGGAGAGGGGCAACAUUCGCCCAGUAGCGACAUGCACCAGACGCUGCUUUUGCCUGGGCAGCAAGAGCUUCAGUUUCAAGGGCUGCAGCCGGCCGAGCAGACUCAACUCGCGGCCUUCCCUCACCGGCUAUCCCCACCUCCGGGGGUGCCGCGAGGCUCCCCAGGCGUGCCACAGGGCUCCCCGGGCGUGCCACAGGGCUCCCCGGGCUUGCAACAGCACCGGGGAAACGGCAGCCCGUCGUCUGGUAACCGGUCCGGCGGUGGCUCGUCCGUCAACUCGGCCGCUGGGUCCGGCAGCACGGCUUGUGGGUCGCGAUCGGCGCUGGGGGCUUGUGGAUCGGGACAGUCGCUGCCACGGCCAGAUGACGCGGACCUGACGAGCGUCCUGUGGGAGAGCCGGUCCAGAUGCAAUGUAUCUGGCGCUGGCGCUGGCGCUGGUGCUGCAUGUGUGUUUGGCGGUCAGCAGGAGCGAGGGAUGCAAGGCGAUGGGAGUGCGCAUGGGGGUCAAAUGGGUCAGCGAGACGGCAGCAUGCACGGGGGUCAAAUGGGUCAGCGAGACGGCAGCUUGCACGGCGGUCAAAUGGGUCAGCGAGACGGCAGCUUGCACGGCGGUCAAAUGGGUCAGCGAGACGGCAGCUUGCACGGCGGUCAAGCGAUUCUGAGGGAUGGGAGUGUGCAUGGCGGUCAACCAGGCGGCAGCAUGUACGGCGGUCAAAUGGGUCAACGAGACGGCAGCAUGCAUGGCGGUCAAGCGGUUCUUAGGGAUGGGAGUGUGCACGGCGGUCAAUCGAGUCAGCUGGGCGGCAGCAUACAUGGCGGUCAAAUAGAUCAACUAGAUGGCAGCAUGCACGGCGGUCAGACGAGUUUGAGAGAUGGGAGUGUGCACGGCGGUCAAUCGAGUCAACUGGGCGGCAGCCUGCAUGGGGGUCAGCUGAGUCGUUUGGGCGGCAGCAUGCAUGGCGGUCAAGCGAGUCAUUUGGGCGGCAGCGUGCACGGCGGUCAACUGAGUCAACUGGGCGGGAGCAUCCAUGGCGGUCAACGAGACGGCAGCAUGCAUGGCCGCCAACGAGAUGGCAGUGUGCAUGGCGAAGCCGUCCCAGCACACACCGACAACCAAGCGCGCAGCGACCACUUAGGCCACCUGUACAGUAGCGGCAGCGCGCACGGAGGCGGCCUUUACGCUAGUCGCCUUAACUCAGGCGGCCUCUAUGGCAGUGCGCUCCAUUACCCCAACCCCAGUGCCCUCAGCGCACGGGGCAGCGCACAAGGCUGCGCGCAAGGCAGCGCGCAGGGCAGCGCGCAAGGCAGCGGGCAAGGCAGCGGGCAGGGCAGCGCCCAAGGCACCGCGCAAGGGGUAACUGGGCUCAAAGCGAGCCCAUAUGGUGCUGGGAGUGGCGUCCCAAGGGGUAUGGUGCACCGUUACACUGUGCAUGGUGGUAACCUGUACGCCGCGAGCUUGCACGCCUCCCACAGCUUCCAUGGGGCCACCGGCUAUGCAGGCUGGGAUCCGCGCGUAGACGGCCGUCAGCAGAACGGUCAGCAGAACGGUCAGCAGGGAAGGUCGAACGCGAUGGGGGACCUGCGUGGGAAGGCGAAUACGGUGGUGGAUAGCUUGCAAGGAAAGGCGAAUGCUUUCACCGGUGUGCAGGGUACGGCGUCAGGGCUCGGGAGUGUAGAGCAGGCGGACGGGAGCGUGCACAGCGUGGGCGUUGGGGCCAGCGCUAGUGUCCUAGCCAAGCUGCGGCUGGAAGGAGAAGAUCGGAUGAACGAUCGGUUGAAUGCGGUGGCUGGGAGUGCGGAGGGUGCUGUUCGUGGUGGUGGGCUUUUCGGGAGCGUCUUCGGUCCAGGGUUUGGCCCUGGGGCGGGCUCUUCGGGGGGAGGGUUUUCUGGUGCGGGCGUUGGGGCGGGGAUUUCAGGAACGGGCGUUUCUGGGGUGGUCUCUUCCGGGGGUAACGAGGGUCUUGCUGGGGGUGGCUGGGAGCGAGGUUUUGGGGUCGGUGCUGCUGCUGCUGCGGGUGACAGCUUCUCGGGUUUGGAAAGGGUGUUUUUGUCGAGAGGAGAGCAAGCACUUGAAGGUGGUCAACCACCGACUACGGGCUUACCGGUAGUAGCGGCAGAUGACUGCGUCAAGGCAGAAGCGCAUGCGACCAAGGGAGAGGAGCAGGGCUCGGAGUGGGACAGGAGCAUGGGGGACGGUGUGGGGGUGGGCAAGGGAACGGGAGAGGCGAAGGGAAUGGAGGGAAUGGAGCGCGCAGCAGACGCGGUAGCCGCAGACGCGUUAAGAGGAGACGCGUUAAGAGAAGACGCGGUAACAGCAGUGGUGGAGGAUAUGGGGUUCGACGCUCUAGCGGAGUAUCUAACCUUUCCGGACGACGACCCGCCGUGGUCGAGCCUCCCUGGUUGGGACGAGCUGAUUCUGGGAGGAAGUGGCGGGGCGGAAGCAGGCGGAGGAGUCGCAGGUGAUGUAGAGGCAAGAGCGGAAGGCGCAGAGGCGGGAGGGGCAGCAGGGGCAGGUGCAGGAAGCGGAGCAGGGGGAGGGGGGGGAGGUUCGGUUGCUCAGGUAGGCGUGCCAGUAGGUACGGCUGAACGGGAGAAAGGUAUGGAGGGAGGUUCGGGUAUGGAGGGAGGUACGGGUAUGGAUGGAGGUACGGGUAUGGAUGGAGGUACGGGUAUGGAGGAGGCGGGUGAUGACGCCAUGUGUCGUGGGCACUUAGCGCUGACUGCUGACGUCUGCGUUCGUGGGGGCAUGCUCAUGUCCCUACUGGCUGACGCAGAGACGGGGCUCUUUUAUGGCAUGGAUGGGAUGGAUGGGGCAGGGUACUAUGAAACAGGGGCGGUUUCUGCGUCAGCAGAUAGCAGCGGUGCUGCUAGCGGCAGUGCUGACGUUACUGGCAGUGCUGACGCUACAGCCAGUGCUGACGCUACAGCCAGUGCUGACGCUACAGCCAGUGCUGACGCGACUGCCAGUGGUGACGUGGACAGCGCUGACGUCAGCGCGGGGGCUGAUGACGGGGCCACAUUGGCACGGUCAGCGGAGGGUAUGGGAGAAGUGUACAUCAGGGGCGGAACAGGGGGGCAUAAUGGUGGGGCGCCAGGGCAUAAUCAUGUGCUAAGCGCGCGCACGGGCGUGGCAGACGCGCAUACGGGCGAGGCGUUUAUGGGUGAGGGACUAGGGUUUGAUGCUGCUGCAGCAAUGGACUUGGGGUUGAUGGAAGCCUGGGGGCACUCUGCUGGGGUGAUUGGCUCUGGCUCUGGGGCUUUCAGCACGCUCCUGGGCUGCGAAAGCGAAUCCUUGCUUUCGAGGCAGCAGCACCAGCAGCAGCACCAGCAGCAGCACCACCAGCAGCAGCACCACCAGCAGCAGCAUCUUCGUUGCAGUGGUAACGAGGCUCCUGCCUUGUUUGAGUUUACAGAAGGAGCCCCUGCUGCAGCUCUUGAUUCCGCAGCCACCGAGGUGUUGGAACAGUCGGACCUUCUGCUACUGCUUCAGCAGCAGCAGCGACAACAGCAACUGCAGCAGCAGCAAAGACAGCAGCAGCAGGACCAGCAACAGCAACAGAAGGAGCAGCAGCAACUGCAGCAGCAGCAUCAACAACGACAACAGCAACUGCAGCAGCAGCAGCAGCAGCAGCAGCAACAACAGCAGCAGCAGCAGCAACAACAACAGCAGCAGCAGCGCACAAAUCUGGCAGCAAGUGUAACAAGCGGUAUGGCGAGAAAUUCUCCCUCCCACCUCGCCUAUAACGCUCACCCUAGAGAUGGUUCAACUGGGCGUGGACAUUCCAGCCCUGUAACACCUACAUGUUGCCCUGUAACAUCCGGAGGUCAAGCUGUCGCACAUUUAGAUAGCUCCCUAGCACCAAUAGGUCGAGGCCUUUCUGCUCCUGCUGCUGUGGCAGCAGCAGAGACGGUAGGUGUAGCAGAUGCAAAGAAUCAAACAGCAGCAGCGGCGGAAGCAGGAGGAGCAGGAGAGAGAGCAGGCGAGGGAGCAGGAGAGAGACAAUGGGGAGUGGCUUCAGCUGGUGGGCUCAGAAUGGGGCAGUCAGGUGCUGGGAGCGCUGGGACGAGAGAGCUGGCCGGAGGGCAGGUAGAAGAGCAGAUCGGGGGGAAGAUAGGAGGGCAGGUAGAAAGGCAGAUCGGGGGGAAGAUAGGAAGGCAGGUAGAAGGGCUAACAGGGGGGCACUUCGGAGGGCAGGUGGAUAGGGGGGUGCACAUAGGGGGGCUGAUGCAAGGUCAGGUAGCAGGGCAGACGAGAGCCGCACCUAUGCUGCCACCCACUGUGCUGCUCCCCGCCUGCAUGCAAGGGAAGCCGGGCUCCAGUGCUAACGCCAACGCUAGUGCCAAUGCUAGCGGCAAUGCUAGUGGCGAUGCUAGUGCGAGUGCCCAUGGCAAUCCCAAUGGGCCUUUCUCCCCAUCCACCACCGGCCAAUCACAAGCAGCCUCUGUGUUCUCUUCCUCCCCCGCCACCGCUACAUCCACUGCUGCUCGUGCUACAACCCAGCAGCAACCACGUAUAGCAGCCCCUGCUGCUACAACCGCCCCUUCUGACCCGCCCCACGCUUUCCCCCAACCCGGGCGGUCUCCCGACCGUCAGCUCGGGGAGACUGACAAGGCGGCAGCACCUGCAGCAGCAGCUGCAGCAGCACCCAUAGCAGGAGUAGCUAUGGCAGAAGGGGGCAAAAGGGGAGGAGAGGGGGUUGGCAGAGCGGGGGGAAAGGGGAGUGGAGGAGGAGGGGGAAUAGGAGCUGGGGGAGGAGGGGUCAGCAGCUGCAGUUCAGGCAAAAGCAACCGUCGAUCCAGCCCAGGUCUUCGGAAAGGAGGCGGAAAGGGAGUGGGAACAACCUCGGGUGCUGGGGGCAUGGGCAUGGGCACGGGUACCGGCAUGGGUAUGGGCAUGGGCACAGGCAUGGGUACAGAAAUGGGUAUGGGGCGGGCUGGUCCGUUCAACGGAGCUGUCUCGGUGCAUUCCAAACGGGGAUAUUUCUGCACUGGAGGCCGUGGCUGCACCGGGGGGCCCUCCUGCCACCACAACCACGUGUCCCCCGCUCUCUUCAUGAUGGCUGCUACAGCAGCGGCCGGGACCGGAAUGAUCCCCAUGGGCGCGUUUCGGCAGCAGCUGCAUGGGAGGGUAGUGAAGCGGGUCGAGCCCCCUGUGAAACGGAAGAGGGGCCGGCAAAAGAAGGUUCCGUCGAAGAACGGGCCGUGUGGCGCGACCACGAAUCUCCGGGCGCUUGUUCCGAGGUCCAUGUCGGGAGCAGGAGGGGGAGGAGAGGGGGGAGGCGGGGGAGGGGGAGGAGUUGCGGGUGCAGCAGGUGCAGGCGUGGGAAUGCAAGGAGUGGCAGGAGCAGCAACAGCAGCAGCAGCAGCGGCAGGAGCAGGCCCUAUGCAAUUCAUGCAGACCCUUCCUCCCGGCCCGCCCACCCUAGUCCCACACCAGUUUAUCCCUGCUCCAGGUCCGUCCAGUCUUCCUUCCAACACAGCAGCAGCCAUGUCACCGGGCGCAGCAGCAACAAUGCCCAUGUUCUGGGGACCUGUAGCUUGGAUUCACCCUUCUGGGGCUCCUGCGGGCCCCUCACCCAUGCAAAUGUCUGGCGGUCAUAACAUGCCAAUGCCCCUGCACAUGCACCAAGCGGGUAUGGCAGGGAUGGCAGGGAUGGGUGCAAUGGGUGCGAUGGCAGGGAUGGGAGGUGGGGCGAUGGGAGGUGGAAUGAUGGUGCAGGGAGGGGGGGCGCAUGGGUUAACGGGGAUGGUUACAGAUGGGAGGGUGCAUGGGGGGUUUAUAGCAAGUGGCAUGCAGCCACCGGAUGGGAUGGGAUAAGUCCGGGGGGGGGGGGGGGGGAGUUGCAUGGGGUAAUGUUGAUGGUUGGUUACAGAUGGGUGGGUGCAUGUCAGGGUGCAUGGGAGGGUGCAUGGGAGGCUUAUAGCAAGUGGCAUGCAGCCACCGGAUGGGAUGGCAAUGAGUCUGGGGGAGGGGGCACGGGGGGCAUUGUGCUAGAAGGGGCUGGGCUGACUGACGGUACGAGCAGCAGUAUGCUUGCAUGCAUGGGGUACUGUCGAUGGUUGGUUGCAGAUGGGAGGGUGCAUGGGGGGCUUAUAGCAAGUGGCAUGUAGCAACCGGAGGGGAUGGCAUGAGCGUGGGGGCGUGGGGGGCAUUGUGCUACAAGGGGCUGGGUUGAUGGUACCUACCUACCCACCCGCUGCAGCCGGGGUGCAUGCAUGGGGUGAUGUUGACUGUUGGUUACAGAUGGGUGGGUGCAGGGGAGGGUGCAGGGGAGGGUGCUCGCAAGUGGACUGCACCAACCAGAUUCAGUGACAUGAGGCUAACACGUCAUGUGGACAUUACAUGACAUUAUUUAUCCACGCUGACUAACUGUAUGUACAUUUCUUUAUAAUCAUCAUGACUGAUUUACAUGUGUGACAUUC